ACCAUGCGGAAGUGGCUUCGCUUGUAUUAAUAUGCCACAGUAGGUCGUUUGCUUUUCGUUUCAUUGUCUUUAACCGCGAAGUUACCAAAUGUGCGACAGAUUUGAUUUUUCGUCGUAACAGAAAUCCAAGCGCUUUAAUCAUAUUACAUUGGUGAGGUUUUCAGGCUUUCUGUCACAAUGACCACCAUCGUCCAUGACACUACAGAGGCAGUGUGCCUUUCUGCUGAGCACAACAUUUACUUGAAACCCAUUGCCAAAAUGACCGUCAGUGUGACGCUUCCACAACUCAAACUGCCGGGAAAGAGCAUUUCCAACUGGGAGGUCAUGGAAAGAGUAAAGGCCAUGGUAGUGCCGGACCAGUUUUCAGCCCUCCGAGUGUCCAAGAGCACGAUGGACUUCAUUCGUUUUGAGGGCGAGGUGGAAAACAAAAUGGUUGUGAAGACUUUGUUGGGGCGUCUGGAUGGGAAGAGCAUCAAACUCAGUGGAUUUACUGAUGUAUUGAAGGUGCGUGCAGUUGAGAACAAAGUGGACUUCCCCACGAGACAUGACUGGGACUCAUUCUUUCGAGAUGCCAAAGACAUGAAUGAAACUCUACCGGGUGAGAGGCCUGACACUAUUCACCUGGAAGGACUGCCCUGUCGCUGGUUCAGCCAAAAACAAAGCGGUUUUCCUGACCGACCAUGUCAGGAGGUCCUCAUCGCGGUCUUUGAGGCAUUUGGCAAGGUACGAAAUGUGGACAUCCCAAUGCUGGACCCAUACAGGGAGGAGAUGCUGGACAAAAACUUUAACACUUUUAGUUUUGGGGGCCAUUUGAACUUUGAGGCUUAUGUGCAGUACCACGAAUACGACGGCUUUACCAAAGCCAUGGACACGCUACGUGGAAUGAAGCUGAUGCUGAAAGGAGAUGAUGGAAAGGCAGUCGCUUGCAAUAUAAAGGUGACGUUUGACACCACCAAGCAUCUCGGUGAGUCAGCUAUGAAGAAGCGGAACCUGGAGAGGCUCAAGCUACAGGAGUUGGAGAAGCAGCGAGAAGAGCAAAAGCGGAGGGAGAAGGAAGAGGAAGAGCGUCGCAAAGAGCAGGAGCGCAAACAGAAAGAACAGGAGGAAGAGGAGCGCGAGAGGAAGAAAGAGGAGAAGCAGCGGAAGCGUGAACAGAAGCUGCAGGAGAGGGAGGAGAGGAGAAACAUGAAGAAGGUGAGAAAGCAGCAGGAGGAGGAGCAGAAGAAGCUUCAGAUGAAGAUUGCCAUGGAGGAACGGAGGCUUCUUCUGGCGCAGCGGAACCUUGAAUCAAUCCGGCUCAUUGCUGACCUGUUGGCCAGAGCUAAGGCUGUCAAGCAGCAGCAGCAGUUAAAGGAGCAGGCCGAGCGCGAAGAGCGCGAAAGACAAGAGAAGGCUCGACAGGAGGAGGAACGCGCCCGCCGUCAGCAUCUGGAAGCCUGCCGGCGUAAGCAGCAGGAGGAGCUUCUUAAAGUGGAAUUGGAAAAGGAACGCGCCCUCGACCUCCAACGCCGGGAGAAGGAGCUCAGAGAGAAGCUGCUCUCCAACAUGUUGAAGAAGAACAGUGACAAGCCUGUAAGACCUCGUGACACGCCGGAACAGGACGAUAUCACCAUGAGCAAGGAAGCCCCAAAUCCUGGGAGAGAGAAAGUACCCUUGGCAGUCUUGGGUCAGGUAAAUGGAGUGAUAGCAACAGAGGACAAAGACAAGCAGGGAUCCGCACCUUCUAAACCCUCAGGUAGAAGUCGAGGGACUAAGGAGAGAAAGGAAGGAGAGGCUGUGAAAAAUAAGAAGGACGAUGUGAGGUGCAGGUAUAGCGAGGAGCAUGACAGCAACUCAAAAAGCCGAGGGAGGAGGCCGCAUUCCAGCAGCAGCAGCAGCAGACGGAGAACGAGCGCUAACCACCGCAAGACCUCCAGCCAUCACAGGAGGAGCGAAAGUUCGCAUCGCUACCGGAGGUGUAGCCAAAGCCAUUGGAGCAGAAGCACAAGCUCUAGCCGGGACAGGAGCAGGAGCAGCAGCGGGAGGAGCUACAGCAGGGGAAGGAGCCGCAGACACCGUCACCGUAGAUACAGCAGCAGGAGUGACAGCAGGAACAGGAGUCGCUACAGUCGAGGAUACAGAAGGCGCAGCUACAGUAGAGACGGGAGUCUCUCCAGAAGAUGAGCACUACUUUUGUCCUUUUCACACAUUUCACAGUGUUGUUGAACUCCAAUAAACUCAGUAUUUCAAGGGCACUGAAACAGCUUGUGAAAGUGCACUGUUACUGUAGUACCGAUGAUCCAUUCCAAACUCACGUGACAUUACAUUGGGUAUAUCUUUGAACAACUUGAAUGUACAAUCAAUCGAACAGAUGAAGAAACUUUAGAAAAAUGGUUACGUAGCUUUUCAAUUGUCGGCAUGGAUUUGAUUCCCAAACUCUGGUAGUAGUCCAAAACCAAGAUUAACCCUUAAAUAACUGCAACAUGAACCAAUUAUCAGAGAAUCCCAAAAUUUGAAAAAUAAGGUCCUAAUGAAACCUUUUUUUCAGAUUUGUAAAAAGAAAAGUCAAAAUGAAUAUGCGUAAUAAGCGCUCUGAUAUAACCCUUGCUAAAUCCUGUUUGUUUUUCUCAUGGAACCUGCAGAUGCAUGUGUUGACUUGCAUCAAUCUAUUUUUUUUUUUUUUUUUUUUUUCCAAAAAGAAUUGUCAACAUUCUGAAUUAGUCUCAAAAUCAUGAAAUUUUAGGUGUAUCAAAUGUGAUACG